UGUACCUGUAGUCCCAGCUACUCAGGAGGCUGAGGCAGGAGAAUCACUGGAACCCAGGAGGCGGGGAUUGCAGUGAGCCGAGAUCUUGCCACUGCACUCCAGCCUGGGCAACAGAGCAAGACUAUGAAAAGAAAAGAAAAAGCUCUGGAUUCUGGAUUCUCAGUUCUAGAGCUUAAGGGCCUUGAUCACUCACUGGACAUAGAACAUGUCGAUCUGAAGUUUUCAGCAAAUGAGCUUAGGGCUCACUGAGAGCCCCUCGUUGACCCUUCCCAUCCCGCCCCCUUUCGCCUGCCAACCAGAAUCUUUCCCACCUUGUCUAAGUCCUCUCAGGCCAGCCUUGGUGGGAGGUUUCUAGGAUUCGCUCCCUGCCCUUCCCAUCUUAGGGUGUCGUCUGAGACAGACUCUUAUUCCCUCAAUAAAGAGAGAGACUCUUAUUCCCUCAGCGGCCAGCUCCUCGCCUCCCCUCAGCCGUAGCCACCUCAGUGGUCACCGUCUUCACCGUGGUCGCCUCAGCCCGCUGGCCACCCCAGUUGAGGCGCUGCUGGUGUCAUGUCUGCCACAGGGGACCGACACCCGACCCAAGGGGACCAGGAGGCCCCGGUAAGCCAGGAGGGAGCACAGGCCGAGGCAGCCGGAGCUGGUAACCAGGGGGGCGGCGACUCCAGCCCCGACAGCAGCGACAUGGUGCCUGCGGCCGAGGUGGUCGGAGUGGCAGGGCCCGUGGAAGGCCUCGGGGAGGAGGAGGGUGAGCAGGCGGCAGGCCUGGCCGCAGUCCCCCGGGGCGGGAGCGCCGAGGAGGACUCGGACAUCGGGCCCGCGACGGAGGAAGAGGAGGAGGAAGAGGGGAACGAGGCGGCCAACUUCGACUUGGCGGUGGUCGCCCGUCGCUACCCGGCGGCGGGCAUUCACUUCGUGCUCCUGGGCAUGGUCCACUCCCUUCUCCACCGCCUCUCUCACAAUGACCACAUCUUCAUAGAGAACCGUCGCCUCAGCCGCCUGAUGGUGGGGCCCCACGCUGCUGCGCCCAACCUCUGGGGCAACCUCCCCCUGCUGCUGCUGCCCCGGAGGCUGGGUGCAGGGGCCGCAGCCCGGGCGGGCGAGGGCCUGGGCCUGAUCUUACUAAUUUUUUUUUUUUUGAGACUGAAGAGAGACUCUUAUUCUCUCAGCGGCCAGCUCCUCGCCUCCCCUCAGCCGUAG